UUUUAAUGUAUAAUAUUAUAACGUGUACUUAUUUAUAUUUGUUUAAAUUGUGUUCUAAUUCCAUAAUUUCGCUAUCGAUCGCGACACUCGCUGAGUUUGCAAAGAUCCAAAAUAGUAUUGGAAGUAUGUGUGUACCGAAUUUGCAUACGCAAUAAUAUGAACAUCGAUUAGUUGUUUGACAUCGAUAUCAAUUAAAAUAUCGGCUAAAAAAGCGACGCCCAAUCUUUUUACCACCAUUAAUAAGUUUGCAUAGUUCUGUGGUGGAGUUGCGACGCAAUUCAGCGCGAUUGAUUCGCCAAAAAAUGAUUGUGAAAUAAUAUUGUGAAAUUAGAUCAUUGCAAGACGAGUUGUUUACGCAAAUUGACAGAUAUCGGAACUCUUUUUGAAAGGCAACCAAGCACUGAUAAUUAUUUCGAUACUAAGAAAACAGAAGCGAUCGACAUCGACGGCACAAUUAAGACCAGAGCUGCUGAGCACGUGAACUGAAAUAUCUUUGAAUCGACAUCGAUCCACAAUCAAAAGGGGUAGCUGACGAGCUGGCACAUGAAGACGGAUAUAAAGCUGGAGAUAGAAAUCAAAUCGAAACGCACACCUUUAACUGCAGCUACAACUGAACUCAACUGAACUGAAUUUGGUUAUAUACUGCAAACUACAUUGGGACUAUACAUCAUGUAUGCCUUUGAGGCUAAACUCUUUGCGGAGAUCGAGAAAAUGCAAGCGCGAUGGGACGCUCGGGAAAAAGAAUUACGUGAAAAGGAGCAGAAGGAGGCAGCCGCCAAGUUGAAUCCAGAUGCUAAACCGAAGCCACCUUCGGAAAGCGAACUCCACGAUAUGGAGUUAGAGAAAAUUUGUAAAAAAUUUCAAAAACUGCUACCUAAACUGGUGCCUGAUCAUUGCGAUUGUAGUCCAGAGUUUCAAGAGAUGUUAAAGAAGGACGGGUACAUGUGCUGUGUACCAGCAGCAAAGGCAGCGGGCCUCGACUUUGGCGUCCCCGAUCCCCCCAAACCCGACUCGGAGAGUCCCGAAGUUUCUCCUCCACAUACGCUGGAUGACUUACUCCACGAAAGCAUGUAUAAAUAUCAUUUGCCGGAGCCUCCAAGGAAGCGUAAGAGCAAUGAGUCGAUUACCAAAGAGGAGGCAACUACGAUCAAGUCAACUGGUGCUGUGCCCAAAACAACAAUCAAUCGAAGUGAGUUACCUGUCAAGCGGAUCAACAAACAGGACGGCUGUUCAUCGCAGCCUUUGAAAAAGAAAGUGAAGAAAGAACACUUGGAGGAGCCGGAGCCGGAAAUUGAUCUCGACUGUGAAUUUGGCAUGGAGAACAUUCAAAAGUUUCGCUCAAAUACCGUGCGUGAGGAUCCAUUGCCCUCAGGCAUUUGCUUGACCAAUCAAAUAAUGUUCACAAACCAAUUUCACUUUGCGAAGCCGCUGCCGAUGGUUGCCAAUGCAUUGGACAUUAAGAAAAGCGAAGCGAUGACUACGCUCAAGAUUGAUGACAAUAUUGAUCCCCAAGACGAGCAGUCACCCGGCUAUCCGCAGUGUGAGACACGUCCCGGCACUCCCUUUGAGUUGCAGCCAAUUGAAGGCGAUCCCCAAGACGAGCAGUCACCCGGCUAUCCGCAGUGUGAGACACGUCCCUGCACUCCCUUUGAGUUGCAGCCAGUUGAAGGCGAUCCCCAAGACGAGCAGUCACCCGGCUAUCCGCAGUGUGAGACACGUCCCUGCACUCCCUUUGAGUUGCAGCCAGUUGAAGGCGAAGGCGAGAAGGCGCUGCCGAUAGUUGCCUAUGCAUUGGGCCUUAAGAAAAGCGGAUCGGUGACUACGCUUAAGAUCAAUGACGAUCAUGAACCCCAAGUCGAGCAGUCACCCCGCUAUCCGCAGUGCAAGGCACCUCCCUGCACUCCCCGCACUCCCGCUAAGUGGCAGCCAGAGAAAGGCCAAGGCGAGAAGGCGCUGCCUAUGGUUGCCUAUGCAUUGGGCCUUAAGAAAAGCGGAUCGGUGCCUACGCUUAAGAUCGAUGACGAGCGUGAUCCCCAAGUCGUGCAGUCACCCGGCUAUCCGCAGUGUGAGACACGUCCCGGCACUCCCUUUGAGUUGCAGCCAGUUGAAGGCGAUCCCCAAGACGAGCAGUCACCCGGCUAUCCGCAGUGUGAGACACGUCCCUGCACUCCCUUUGAGUUGCAGCCAGUUGAAGGCGAUCCCCAAGACGAGCAGUCACCCGGCUAUCUGCAGUGUGAGACACGUCCCUGCACUCCCUUUGAGUUGCAGCCAAUUGAAGGCGAUCCCCAAGACGAGCAGUCACCCGGCUAUCCGCAGUGUGAGACACGUCCCGGCACUCCCUUUGAGUUGCAGCCAGUUGAAGGCGAUCCCCAAGACGAGCAGUCACCCGGCUAUCCGCAGUGUGAGACACGUCCCGGCACUCCCUUUGUGUUCCAGCCAGUUGAAGGCGAUCCCCAAUUCGAGCACUCACCCCGCUAUCCGCAGUGUAAGGCACCUCCCUGCACUCCCCGCACUCCCGCUAAGUUGCAGCCAGAGGAAGGCCAAGGCGGUUGGCUGUCUCCGCCUGUCGUCGUCGACGAUGGGAGGCUCGAUUUGCUGUCGUCGAGCAUCCCAGAGCAUAAUAUCAUUAUCGAGAAGAUUCUCGAUAAAAACCCAGUCGGUCGCUUUUAUUGGGAUUAACGAAAUUUGAUAGUAUAAUGGUUACAUCGUCAAAGUAACUUUGACUAGUUUAAUGGAUUUUGAUUUUUGUUUUCUCGCUGCCAUUGCAACAUCCAUAUAUUUUUGAUUUCAAUAUUUUCUGUUUAUUUUUGGUAUUUGUCAUUUUGAACG